AUGGGGAAAGAAUUGUUCCUGAGGUUCCCACUCUCUGCCUUAGAAUCCUUUGGAGGAUGGUACCCCGAAGGGACCUCUGCCAGCUUCAAAACGGAUCAAGAUUCCCAAGGAGAGGACGGCAAUAAUGCCAUAAGCCUGUUGCCAAGAACUGUGACAAUGAAACUGAUUGCAGCAGCAUUUUGCUUGAGUCUCCUUGCUGCCGGCCUGUGGGUGGGCCUCUCAUUGACAUCUGAGUCCCAGUCCCAGUCCCCAUCCGUUGAAGGAGGAGGGAAACCUGCAGGAGGCGGAGGAGGAGGAGCAGGAAAAGGAUGUUUUCUCCCACCAUUGCCAAAAGAAGAUGUUUCACUAUGCAGGAACCUUGAAGUCUUCUACAUGGAGAUGGGAAACAUCAGCUGUAAAAUUGUUCCGAAGUGUAAUCUAUACAGACAGAAGAUCAUGACCUGGCAGUCGCCGAUUGUCAAGUUCCACGCGGCUCUGGAUGGUGCACAGUACCUGCUGGUGAUGGUGGAUCCAGAUGCCCCCAGCAGGUCUAGCCCCAAGAUGAAAUACUGGAGACACUGGGUAGUGUCCAACAUCACAGGUGCUGACAUGAAAAGUGGGAAUAUUCGUGGCAAUACAAUAACAGCGUACAACCCUCCUACCCCACCGCCAACCACUGGUCUACACCGCUAUCAGUUCUUCGUCUACCUUCAGGGAGACAGAGACAUUUUUAUCCCAGACGGAGAAAGUCAAGACCGAGGUGCUUGGAAUCUGGAAAGAUUUCUGCAGCAGUUCGGGCUGAAAGAUCCUGACACAAGCACCCAGUUCAUGACUCAGUAUGAUGGGGAAAUUCCACCAGAAUAUGGUAGAAUUAACGACUACCAAGAGCAAUUUGAUCAAAAAUAACUGUCCACUGAGCUGAAACUUUUACCUUCCAGGUGUGUGCUCAUGUCAUGUAAUCCACUACAGAUAGUCUGGGGAUGAAGUCUCCUCUUGGCAUCUUCCAAAUA